CACCUAUUGGCCAAAUAAGGUGUUGUGUCAACAAAAUGGCAGCAAUCAGGGGAAUGAAUGCAGGGAAAGUGCUUCAAACCGCGAUCGCUUUUCGCCAAACCGGACCGAGAUGGAAUCUUCUGAGGUGUUUUGCAGUGUCUGCCCAACAAAAGGCCUCCAUGACGCCCAUCGGUUUCGUCGGUCUGGGCAACAUGGGAGGUCACAUGGCCAAGAACCUCCUGAAGCAAGGCUACCCGCUUGUCAUUCAUGACGUUUACCCAGAAGCCAUCACUGAGCUGCAGGAUCUUGGGGCCUCGGUCGCUGAUUCGGCUGCUGAUGUCGCUGAGAAGACUGACCGCAUCGUGACAAUGCUCCCGUCAAGUCCAAACGUGAUUGAGGCCUACAACAGCGCAACUGGCAUUCUCUCAACUGUAAGGAAAGGGGCUCUCCUCAUAGACAGCAGCACCAUCGAUCCGUCCGUAGCUAAAGAGGUUGCGGCUCAAGCAGAGAAGAAAGGAGCCGUUUACAUGGACGCACCGGUGUCGGGAGGUGUGAACGCGGCACGAGAUGCUUUGUUGACGUUUAUGGUGGGAGGCAAGCCUGAGGAGUUUGGUGCAGCUAAGGAGUUGCUACAGUGCAUGGGGAAGAACGUGGUCAACACAGGACCUGUAGGAACGGGACAGGCUGCAAAAAUCUGCAACAACAUGAUGUUGGGGAUCACAAUGAUUGGGACCUCAGAAACGAUGAAUCUUGGAAUCAGGUUAGGCUUGGAGCCCAAGAUGUUAGCCCAGAUUCUGAACACCAGCAGUGGGCGUAGCUGGUCCAGUGAUACCUAUAACCCAGUCCCUGGGGUGAUGGAGGGCGUACCGUCGGCCAAUCAAUACAAGGGAGGAUUCAGCACGGGGCUCAUGACCAAGGACCUUGGCCUAGCGCAGAAUGCCGCCACUAACACCAAGAGCCCGACGCCGCUGGGCUCCCUAGCUCAUCAGAUCUACAGAAUCAUGUGCAGCAAGGGAUACAGUCUCAAGGAUUUCUCAUCAGCGUUUCAGUAUCUUAAAGAAGAAUGAGACGUAAGAUUUAUUGACGUCAUCCCUGUACAUUGAAAACAAACUGUGGUGACACACUUUGUAUUUAUACGCAGAUGCCCCUACAAAACAAUUGUGCAUUUUGAAGAAAACUUUUCUUUGAAUAACCGUUUCUAGUUGGUAAUCUGUGUCCAUGUUUCAAACACCUAGUUCUGUUUGUUGUCGUCAGAAUUGACCCAGUAGCAAAAAUAAAAUAAAUGUGGGGUGGGGAGGCGAGUCCAGAAGGCCAUCGUUGUCAGACUAAGGAGAAUGAAAUAGCAUUAGGAAAAAUUACAAAACUGGUUCGGUUUUCAAUUUUUAAAAAAGCAGUAAAUUUUUUUGAAAGGAUGCUGUGCUUUCAUAUAGCAUAUGUAGCAACAUAUGUGUCUUACUUGGAGAGAGUAGAUCAUUCUUUCAAAAUUCCACUCAGGUGUUUGGAACAUGGAGCUUUGUAUUAUCGCAACAGGGUUUGACUUGUACAGAAAAAAAAAACAGAUCAUGAAGUCAAUCUUUGGUGCCAAGUCUUCUUUUUUAAUCAUGUCAAGAACGUGGAUCAAAUCUGCUGUAUUUCUUUAGCUUACAAGCCAAAAGGUUGUGAUCAGGAAGCAAGUUUGAGUGUUGAAUUAUAGUCAACCACUUGUUAUUUUGCAUACACUUUGGGUAUGUUUGUACAUGGACAUGAAAAAGGUACAGAAACUAAACACUAACUUUUUAUUGUUAAUUUAGUUACUUUUUAGAAGUAUUACAUUCAUUGAACUGGAUCACUUAUGUGAUGUAGCACAA